UCAUGACUGCUAUUGCACGGCUCAUGUCCACACUUCUGUACAAUAGGGGGCAGUAAUGCACCAUAACGUUGGAUGCCAACUGCCUAUAAACCCCACUGAAGAAGAAAAAGCUACUCAUGUAAUGCAUGCUGGAAAGCAGACAAAAACUAAUGAUUUGCAAGAGAUCUAAACAAGAUUUAUAAGCUACUGAACAACAAGUCCAAGAAAUCAUUGCUAACCGCGUUUGCACUUUGAACAGAUUUCUCGACAAUAAUAAUGGAAGAUGUGACUGGGGCUCAGCUCAUUGCAGAGGCACUAAAAGCUCAGUCCAGGUGCGUGUCUGGUUGUGUCUGGACCGGGACUCAUCCAUGCACUUGGUGGAAUGGCCAACGCUAACAUGAACUGCUGGCCUGUGAUUGUUAUUGGAGGCUCCUCCGAUCAAAACCAAGAGACCACUGGGGCGUUUCAAGAGUUUCCACAGGUGGAGGCAUGCAGAUUGUACAGUAAGUUCUCUGCUAGGUCUAGCAGUCUGGAUAUGAUCUCCUCAGUGGUAGAGAAGGCAGCACGCACUAGCAUGUAUGGACGUCCAGGUGCUGUAUACGUAGACAUAUCUGGGGACAUGGUCAAUGCUAAAUUGGACAGGAGCAGAGCCAGAGAGGUGCCCUGUAGUCCACCUCCUCCUGUGAGUAUGGCUGACCAUAUGGCGAUCACAGAAGCACUGGCGGUCCUGAAAGGAGCCAAACGGCCUUUACUCAUCAUUGGCAAAAGUCUGGGGAGAUGCUAA